AUGGAACCUCUCAACCUGCAGGAGCUGCACAAGUCGAGCCGAAAGUACCGCUCGGUGAUUCACUCCUGGUUCCUCAAGGUGAGCACCCCCGAGGAGCUGACGCCGGCCGGCGCGGUGGUGGUCACCGAGGAGUCGGACAGCGACGACCUGAAGGAGCUGUCCGGGGCGCUGCAGAAGCUGGAGAUUGCCUGGCACCUCUGCGAGAUUCUCUUCAUCGACAUUCGCAGUCCGGGCGCCUUCCUGGUGCAGCUGCUGCAGUGGGUCAAGUGGCACUUCACCGAGUACGUCCAGGUGGCGGAGCGGGUGAUCAGCGAGGAGAUGCCGCAGAUGGCCGAGUACUACUGGGACGUCAUCCUCUUCUACGCGCUGAGGGGCGAGAUGGAGAACGCCGUCCUCUUCCUGGAGCUGCACUCCGAGGCGCACACCGACCCGGCCUUCAUUCUGGUGCGCGACCUGCUCGCCAAGUUUCCCACCCUGUCCAGCAACCAGGCGCAGCACGAGUUCUACAUUCGCUGGGAGCUCUGGCACGAGGCGGUCUACGCGGCCGUCGCCGAGCAGAAGAUUCCCUCGAACAGCAAGCGCAGCCACGUCCAGCUGAGCCUCCUCCUGCGGCUGCUGAACGGCGAGUUCGAGGCCUUCCAGUCGGUGCCGCACCUCUUCGGCUCCUGGUACCAGAUGAUGGUCUCCUACCUGCUCUUCAACGACCCCUGCAUGAAGGCGAGCAAGUUUGACGCCCUCUGUGAUCAGUUCAUCAACGGCUACUACGCCGCCUUUGACGCCGCCUCCCUCGAGGUGGACCCCUUUGAUGAGCUCAUUCGCUCCGCUUUCGGUUACAAUCUGAUGGACGUCAUCGGCCGGGCCAGCGUCUGCUUCAACGACAACUGGUGGUUCGUCACCCACUUCGUCGACCUGAUCUACAACUCGAGCCAGUUCAAGGACUACCAAAUUGCGGACAUUGUGCAGAUUCGCGACGCCUUCGUCACCGACUACGCCGACUCGCUCUUCUCCCGGCGGAAGCAGUUCUGGCAGCUGGCCAUUGAGUACCUGGUCAACGUCCGCGACUCUGAGGACCGCAUUCUGCUCUGCCUCGAGCGGAUGCCCUUUGACAGUGAGCCAGAGCUGCAGACGCUGGUCUCGCUCGCCCGGCGUUUCAACUUUGUGGAGCUGGAGCUGUCGCUGUACAAGAUCUACUCGCGGCAGUGGCUCGCCCGGGCGACGGCCAACGCGGCCAAUCGCGCCAAGUACGGCUCGGCGCUCUUCUGGGCGGUCCGCUCGAAGGACAAGAUGCUGAUCAACUACAUCGUCGAGCAGUACCUCCGCCACUACCUGAAGACCGCCGUGGAGCAGGUGACGCAGACGGGGAAGCUGGCGGUGGACGGGGAGCUGCUGGACCGGGAGAUGGUGGCCAACCUGGGCAGCCACCUGGUCCUCUCCGACCGGCUGAUCUUCCUCGGCAAGUACCACGAGUUUCACCAGCUGAAGGGCGCCGCCCAGUACGAGCCGGCGGCCGUCAUUCUGGUAGACAUGCUCGCCUCGAACGCCAUUCCCGAGUUCUUCACCUUCCAG